UAUUAGACGCUGGUUUUUCAAGCCGCCAUUACAAAAUUGACAGACACAACUUUUACAUCCUUAGUCCUUGUUAAUGCGUAUUAACAAUCCAUCAACAUGGAAGUUUUAUGAAAUAUACAAACACCUGCCUUAAACCACCAUGGAUACAUUCAUCUGUGGUUCCUGUCAGAUGACCUUCAAUGACAUAGAACAAUUUGUUAUCCACAAAAAAGAUUGCAAUGUUAAUCUUUUACCCUCAGUGAGCCAACCAGAAACUCAGAGUGGUGAACAGGUGGAGAAUGAAAAUGUUGGCCAUGUUGUAGUUUCAACAGCAGAUUCCAAUGCUGAGGACCAGGUGGUGGCGUUUCCUGAGGGGAGCCGCGUGGUCACCACUGAGGUGGUGGAUUCUGUGACAGGAGAACAGCAGACGGUCAUCAUUAUACAGCCCGCCCCAGGGUCAGAGAUGUCAGGGUCACAGGGGGUCACUCAAGAGGGCCAAACUCCAGCUUCAGGAAAAAAGAGGGGCCGGCCUAAAAAGGAAAAACAGACUGAUUCAGUUCCAGCAGCAAAGGUUCAGAAAGUGGAAAAACCUGCCGUUCCAGAAAUGGGUGCUGAUGGAAAACUUUACUGUAAAGCCUGUAAGAAGUCAUUCCACAAGGAGAGGUUUUUUAAGACUCACAGGUGUAUGCCGACAACAGACUAUGUAGAUAUCACAAAGAAGAGUGUCCUCACUGUAGAAUAUGGUGAGAAUGAGGAAGCAGUGUCAGCCUCUGAAGAUGAAGAACUAGAUAAUGAUGAAGACAAAGACUUCCGAGUCAGUGACUACAAACUGAAGGACGCGGAGGAAGAGGAGGAUGAUGAAAUAGAGGAAGAUGCUGAGGAAGAAGAAGGGGAAGGGAAACCCAAGAAAAAGCGAAGAUCUUACAAAGUCAGGAUGGAUGCUGAUGGGGACGAAAAUAAAGGGGCGCGUCCAACUGAUCAAAUCGGGGACGUACCUAUAUUUAGAACCGAGGCUGAAAAAGCCCUUUUUGAGCAGAGCUUGAAUGUAGAUCUGAGUUUUGUAGACAAUCUUUUUCGUCAGCAUAUGAUCGAGCAGGAUUUGAAUGAUAAGGCUCCCGUGGCAUCUCGUAUGACAACUAACACAUUGAGUCUAUACUCUUGUAACAUGUGUGACAAGAUCUUCAAGACUUUGUCCCAUAUGAGAUUGCAUUGCUUGACUCACACUGAUUCCAAGCCAUUCAAAUGUCCAAAAUGUCUAUAUAGAAGUAAUGGAAAAGGAAACCUGUACACACACAUGAGGAAGCACACAGGACAAUAUUUCCGAUGUAAAUUCUGUGACUUCAAGUCAGUGAAUAAAAGCCAUGUUCUGGAACACGAGGCUGUACACAGCAAUGUUAGGCACCAGUGUGAUCUCUGUAAGAAAGACUAUAACACCUUAAAGUCCCUCAUCAACCAUAUCAGAAAGUAUCAUAAAAACACACCCAAGGGGGAGGAGUACCUGGCAUCCUUUCUUCAGGGGGGUCGCCAAAGGGGCGCAACGGUUAUUCAUCAAUGCCACGUGUGUAACAGAAAAUUCAAAAAGAAGAUUGACAGAGAUCGUCACCUGUAUGUACACGAUAUUAAGGACAUCCCAACUAUUCAGAUGUGUACACUCUGUGAUUAUACAGCCAGUAGGAAAGUGUAUCUGGAAAAACAUUUUCAGAAGCACCGGGUCAUUUACAGAUGUGUGAAGUGUGAGGAGAAAUUCCUGAGUACCAUUCGUCUUAUUGACCACCUCACCAACACACAUUUACAGGACGACCCCACCACUAAGUGGGAGAGCAUGUUUGAGGAAUGUAUCAACAGCAGCCUAUAUCUGCCCGAGCCCGACGAGAAGCUUAGCUCAGCUGAGAAGGAGUUGGUGAGUCUCCCAGCCGAGUUAUCUCAGACCGACCUCCAGGGCCAGGCAAAGGUGGAGGUGGAACAGGUGCCAGGGGAGACAACCGGGACUAUUGAGGCAGUGCAGGGGGAGCAGGAUCUGCCAAUGGCUGACUCAGAGGGACAGAAUGUAGAUGAAGAAGAAACUGACGUUAAACCAUCACUGGAAGACGGGAAUAUCAAAGUAGAGAAAAAUGAUGAUGAGGAAAAUGAAGGCAGUGAACCUUUAACUUCUGAUCCACAGUCUUCUUUAAAAAAUGAAGAUUCUUCAUCACAGGCUGAGGAGGCUGGUCUUCCUCUUGUAGAAGAUCAGGAAAGUGGCACAGUUAAUGUAAAUGAAGAAACUGUUCUGUCCUCUACUGAGAAAACUGGUGGGACAUCUAUUGAAGAGAAUGUUCUAGAAAUUACAAAGGAGGAGAAAUUAGAUUCUGCAGACCUCAUCAAAACCUUAGGAUACCGUCCGCUAACCCUGCAGGUAUUUCACAAAAUGAGGGAGACAUUUGGGCAUGAAGAAUGUGAAUACUGUGGAAAGCUGUAUUACAAUAAAAUGGACUAUGAUCAGCAUGUCAGAACACAUACAGGAGACAACCCUUAUCCCUGCACAAUUUGUGGAUACCGUGCCUUGUCUAGAGAUAGUCUGCAGUCUCACAAGGCUACCGAGCAUGAGAAGUUGUCUUUCCCUUGUAAGGAGUGCGAUUUUACAGCCAACAGUCGGUCACAGUUGUGGAACCACAGCCUUAAACAUUCAGGUUUUGGAGAAGACAUGGGCAUAGAGUGCCCUGAAUGUCAACAAAAACUGCCAAGCUUGACUUUAUUUAAAGACCACGUAAGUGAGGCUCAUCCUGAUAGUAAGAACAAAGAGCUGAACAAGUUACAUAUCUAUGCAGGCCUAGAGACCUCCCCCAAACACAAGGUCCAGGGGAAAAUUGGCCGAAGAAGCUACAAGUGUCCCUACUGUGAUAAAAUGUUCUUCCGUGCCAACUCAGAGCUCCAAAAACACAUCUGGAUUCAUGAAGGAGUGAAGCCAUUUAAAUGUCCCUUGUGUCCCCAUGCCUGUAGGAGUAAGAACAACCUACAGGCUCACAUGUUAAGGCAUUCCAAUGAGAAACCCUACACCUGCACAGAGUGUAACAAGGCUUACAAAUCAAAAACAGCAUUAAGGUGGCACGUCAGGUCCCAUAAAUCAGGAAGACUCUUCAAAUGUAGCAAGUGUCCUUAUGAGGCCACUCAGGCAGCCCACUUGAGACGCCACAUGGAAAUUCACAAUGUCAUCAAGAAGUAUGCCUGCCAGCACUGUAGCUACACAGCGAACACCCUGAGUUAUCUGAAGGUCCACCAUACGAGGAGUCACAAAGGAGUGCCCUACAAAAACGUAGAUGUUCCCGUGGUAGAGGAGACUGGGCAUGACUCUACUGGAACAUCUCAGGUUUACCGAUGUUUAAGCUGUGACUACUUGUUUGGGAACUUGACAGAUCUAAAGAGACAUUUAAAGAUUAGACAUCAUCUGACUCUGACAAACUUUGCUGGAUUGGAUGGAGAUAAAUCAACCGCCAUAACUAACCUGACAGAACAGGUGAGCUCAUUUCCAGAGGAGAGUUCCACUACUGGUUUGAUGACAGAAGUAGGCCAGGUUGAUGAUGUACCAGAAAUCAAUGAAGUCCAUACUGUCGAUGCCUCAGUCACAGAGAUCGAUUCCUCAAAUCUGGAUGCCAAAACUGCCUCAGCAGUCAAUAUUUUACAACAGAUAUUUGGAAUGUCACAACAGAAUUCUGGUGGACCACAACAAUUCACCAUACAGUCAGAAUCGGGGGAAGUAAUGACUGUCAAUCCCGAAACCAUCAUCGUCCAAGAGGGCGGAGAACAAGUUUUAGUUACAGACGGGAACCAGCCAGAUAGUGGUCACCAGCAAUACGUUAUCCAGUACGUCAACCAAGAACAAAUAGAGAACUCUAUGGUAGAGAUUCAGACCAUUCAGGAUGUUCAACAUUUCCAGACAAUUGAACAAGAAAUCAUUCAUUCCAUGGAGUCUCAACCUCUUGAGGACAAUGUUGUUGAGCAGCAAAUAGUGCAGAGCUGAUAAAUAUCAUUCCUUUUAUUAUCAAUCUGAUUGUUUUAAUAUAUAUCGAAUUUUUAAAAACUCCCAGUAUGAAGGUUAUUAUAAUUAAUAUGAAAAAAAGACUCUAGCACUAUCAUCAGUGGAUUUUUGGCUAUAAAAGAAAAUUCUUUGUAGAUUUUUGAUAGUAGC